GGGCUCCCACUGUGUGUCUGGCCUGGAAAGUCGGCAUCAAAAAUGAGUCUUCUCUGCCACACCCUCCGAGUUCGCACUUUCACAGGCAACCUCCACGCAGGCGCACCUUUCCACGGGCUUCUUGUUUAUCGAUAUUUCUCUGGUAGCAUCUCAGCAAAGCAGACCCAGAACCUCAGCCUCGCGAUGAACGGGCACGGAGAUUUGAACAACUCCCACGCUGGGAGGGCAGCGAUUAGGCUUGCCCCCGAUCCCGCCUACAGCCAGCAGUCCCUCGCCAUUGGCUCCGACGAAGAUGACGUCGGAAUCCGAGAGCAAUAUCGCCCUUUUCUUUUUAACGGCAAUCCUUCCACCGAUGACUGGAUCUCGGAAUUGGAGCUAAGCACAGCGAUCAAGAUGGUGCAGUCCGAGAUCUUAGACAGAGGGCUCGAUCGCCUCCGCAUUCUGGUUCUGUACGGUAGUCUCAGAAGUCGAUCAUAUUCCCGUCUGCUGGCCUACGAAGCCGCGCGCAUUCUUUUCCGCCUCGGCUGUGACGUCCGAGUCUUCGACCCUGCUGGUCUGCCCCAGAAGGACGACGUCCAACACUGCCAUCCUAAAGUACAAGAACUGCGGGAAUUGAGCAAGUGGAGCGACGGGCAUGUAUGGAUCAGCCCUGAGCAGCAUGGCAACUUGACGGGCAUCUUCAAGCAGCAGAUUGACUGGAUUCCAUUAUCCUCCGGCUCAGUGCGUCCUACUCAAGGAAGAACCCUGGCCAUUGCCCAAGUGAGCGGAGGAUCACAGUCUUUCAACGCUGUCAACUCGCUUCGGAUACUAGGACGGUGGAUGCGCAUGUUUGCCAUUCCCAACCAGAGCUCGGUGCCAAAGGCAUACACGCAGUUCACAUCUGAGCCUGAGGGCAGCCGUAUGCUUGCCAGCUCAAACCGCGACCGCCUUGUUGAUUGCAUGGAAGAGCUUGUGAAGUAUACCAUCGUCAUGAGACCCCACUUUGACUUGUUUGGGGAUCGAUUCAGUGAGCGCGAGGAGCGCAGAGCUAAGGAGACACAAGGGGAAGUGGGAAAGUAG